AUGAAUUUCGAGAGCUACCAAGAUUUGCUAGAGAGGAGAAGAGCACUGAGGCUGGAUCCGGCUGCAUCACAUCUCGAGCGACUGGUAGCCAAUACCAGUUGCAGAAAGCUUUGCAAGUACAGGCAAUCGAGACUUUUAGAAGCAGCACAAGGAAGGAGAAGUCUAAAGAGGUACCGCAGGGACUUUCUCGAUUAUCGUGUUCCGCUGACAACAUUACUAAACGAAGACGGGAUUCGCACAUCUUCCCGACAAAUGAUGGAAUCAAUCACGAAGAGAUUUUACACCAAUCUCUGUCGCUCGUCAACACCCGUGUCAAAUCUGUUAUUCCCACUGGAGAAAUGCCAUCAAGAGUUCUAUUUGCUGAAAUAUGCAGAGCAAGCAGACCAUGAAGGCAGCCACGGCUCCGCUACCGGACCAUGUUUCGGCUGA